AUGGCCCCCAAGCAGAAAGGAGGGCAAAAGCCCAAGGCUAAUACGGCGGAAGAAGUGGAAGAGACGUUUCAGGCUGUGGUGCUUGCCGAUACCUUCGAGACAAGAUUUGAACCGUUCACCCGCGACAAGCCUCGAUGCCUUUUGCCGCUCGCGAAUACUCCCUUGAUUGAAUACACACUCGAAUUUCUGGCCAACGCAGGCGUGGAAGAAGUCUUUCUUUACGGAGGCGCCCAUUCAGACCAAGUGGAGAAAUACCUCAAUGCCUCGAAAUGGAGGGCCCAGACUUCUCCCUUCAAGCAGCUAUUCUUCCUCAAAUCAACAUCUGCCUCUGUCGGUGACGUUAUGCGCGACCUGGACGGCAAGCAUCUGAUUACCGGAGACUUCAUUGUCGUGAGCGGCGAUGUGAUCAGCAAUCUUCCCAUCGAAGGUGCCUUGGCCCAACACCGAAAGCGCCGAGAGACCGACAAGAAUGCCAUCAUGACCAUGGUUCUCAGGGAAGCCGGCCUAAACCACCGGACUAAGUCAUCCUCGGUCUCUCCGGUUUUCGUUAUCGAUCCCACCAAAGACCGCUGUCUGCAUUACGAGGAAAUUGACCGUCAUGCAGAUGACGGCCAGCCGGCUCGCCUGAACAUUGACGCUGAAAUCAUCAUGUCACACCUCGAGCUCGACGUUCGCCAAGAUUUGAUCGACUGCAGUAUCGAUAUUUGUACCCCAGAAGUGCUGAGUUUAUGGUCGGAUAGUUUCGAUUACCAGUCGCCUCGGAAGCAUUACUUGCACGGUGUUCUCAAGGACUAUGAACUGAACGGCAAGACUCUGCACACGUACAUCAUCAAGGACCACUAUGCGGCACGAGUGCGCAACCUGAAGGCAUAUGACGCGAUUAGCAAGGACAUUCUGUCGCGUUGGACAUACCCCUUGUGUCCGGACACAAAUCUGCUCCCUGGACAUUCUUACGACUUGCGCAAGGGUAGUUUGUACCAAGAAAAGGGCGUGACUCUGGCACGAUCUUGCGUGAUUGGUCGCCGCACAGUCAUCGGAGCAGGAACAAGUAUUGGUGACCGGACGGAGAUCAAAAAUACCGUGCUAGGUCGGAACUGCAAGAUUGGCCGCAAUGUUAAGCUGGAUGGUGCAUACAUCUGGGACAAUGUCGUGAUUGGUGACGGAACAGACGUUCGUGGGGCGAUUAUCGCUGAUGGUGUGGUUCUUGGCAACAAUUGUACUGUGGCGGCUGGUGCUCUUAUCUCCUACGGUGUGAAAAUUACAGAUGGCAUCUCGGUGGAGAGUGGGAAGCGUAUCACAAGAACACGAAUUGAUGGAACCGUGGGGAAGAAUGAUCCCAAGGUGGUUGGCGAAGGAGGUGAAGGCUAUGAAUUCAUCCACGGCGAGGAAGAGGAGGGCGAUGACGAUGAUGAUGUGAGCGUUGCUUCAUCGGGACUUGUUUACCGUAUGCCCAGUCUAUCACUUUCCACUGCUUCUAUCUCCACACUAUCGUCGGAGGUCUCGAAUGACUCAUGGGGACAAUCUGAAGGAAGCAGUGUCGAAGGAGAUGAGGAAUCAGAUAACUUCCAUCAUGAUGCAUCGGUCAGCUUGUACGACAGUCUACGAGAGGGUGUGGCAGGGGACGUAGUUCAGCUGGAGCUAGUCACUUUGCGCAUGACUGCGAACGCCUCAGACAACCAGGUUCGUCGUGCUAUUGUCGAGGCAUUCAUGAAGCAUAUCGAGCAGCUCAUGGAGAGUGGCAAGGGAGCUGGGCCUGCAGUCAAUGAGGUCUUCUCUGCAUACAAGGAGGUUGUGGAGCGCACUCUGUUCGAUCGCAACAAGGACCAGAAGGUAGACCAAGUCGAUUUCCUGCUCUUGCUUCAACAAGAUCUUAUUGCUCGCCACAAGGGCGAUACUGUUCUUUUGUUCACUGUCAAGUCACUUUAUGAACUUGAACUUAUUGAGGAGGAAGCAUAUGAUCAGUGGUGGAAUGAUGAGCGCUCCAGCAACACAGAAGAGAUGCGCACUGUUCGUACUCAGGCUCAACAGUUUGUUGAUUGGCUAGCUGAAGCUGAGGAAGAAAGCAGCGAGGAAGAAUCUGAUGAGGAGGAGGAGAAAAUAUAUCAUCUCUCUAUCCCCGGCAUCUUUGCCGCUUAUUUCAUCACGCCUCCCAAAACGCGAAAGAGAAAGGCGGCUGAGGCGGCCUUCGACAACGAGUCUCUGCCAAAAGCCGCCCACGGGCACGCGAACGCCGCGACCUCCGACCGACAACGUUCCCGCAAAGCCGACUCAGCAACAUCAACAUCGGAGAACACAGAGCGAGCCAGUUCGGCUAGUUUACCGAGCCGAAAGAAGGGGGUACUCGGGACGCCCGCAUCGACUACCGCCAGCAUGGAAUCGGAUGAUGACUUCAUGAGUGAUGUCUCCAGUAAUGACUUCCUAGGUACCCAGGGCUCUGACAACGAGAGUCUGGGCGAGGACUUUGGUGACCUCGAUACCGGGUUUUCGGACGACAAAGAUAUUCUUAGACAAAAGCGGAAACCGUACGAAGUCGAGUUCAAAGUACUUGAUCCGCAGGACAUCGAUCAUGAGCAACAUCGCCAAGUCAACGAGGUUUGCGCCGUUCUCGGACUGCCACCAGAGUCGGUAGCGAUUUUGCUGCGUUAUGGUCGGUGGAACAAGCAGAAGUUGAUUGAAUCAUAUUUGGAGGACCCGGAGAAAACCUUGGAAGCUGCUGGCCUUGGGACGAAUUUCGAGGGGACUGCGAAGACUGAGCGUAUUCCGGGCUUCGUGUGUGACAUCUGUUGUGAAGAUGGGGAGGAUCUCGAAACCUAUGCAAUGCGCUGUGGCCACCGGUUCUGUGUCGACUGUUAUCGACAAUACCUGGCGCAAAAGAUCAAGGAGGAAGGUGAAGCAGCUCGGAUCCAGUGCCCCGGUGAUAAGUGCAGCCGGAUUGUAGACUCGAAAUCAUUGAAUCUGCUCGUGACAAAUGAUCUCAAAGAAAGAUACUGCGAACUUCUUACUCGCACAUACGUCGACGACAUCGAAAAUCUCAAAUGGUGUCCGGCUCCAAACUGCAAAUAUGCCAUUGAUUGCGAAAUAAGGGCCCGCGAUCUCCGCCGUAUAGUACCCACUGUGCGAUGCCUUUGCAACCAUGAAUUUUGCUUUGGUUGCACCCUUGCCGACCAUCAGCCCACUCCCUGCACAUUGGUCAAAAUGUGGUUGCAGAAGUGCGAAGAUGACUCCGAGACGGCGAAUUGGAUCUCCGCUAACACCAAGGAGUGUCCGAGGUGCAACUCGACUAUCGAGAAGAAUGGUGGUUGCAACCAUAUGACUUGCCGGAAGUGCAAAUUUGAGUUCUGCUGGAUGUGUAUGGGCCUGUGGUCUGAACAUGGUACCAGCUGGUAUAACUGCAACCGCUACGAGGAAAGGUCAGGCUCCGAUGCUCGAAGCGCUCAGGCCAAAUCACGAUCAUCUUUGGAACGCUACCUACAUUACUAUAACCGCUACGCGAACCAUGAACAGUCCGCGAAACUUGAUAAGGACCUAUAUCUGAAGACUGAGAAGAAGAUGACAAGUCUUCAGUCGCAGUCUGGUCUAUCGUGGAUUGAGGUGCAGUUCCUAGACACCGCGUCGCAUGCCCUUCAGCAGUGUCGCCAAACUCUCAAAUGGACUUACGCGUUUGCAUUCUACCUUGCGCGUAACAACUUGACCGAAAUAUUUGAAGACAACCAAAAGGACCUGGAAAUGGCUGUUGAAAGUCUCAGUGAGAUGUUUGAAAAGCCUGUUCCCGAACUGGCAGAGCUUAAGGUCGACAUUCUGGAUAAGACUGCCUACUGUACUAAGCGCCGGGUCAUCCUAUUGAGCGAUACCGCCGAGAAUUUGAAAAAUGGCAAGUCUGACACUCGGCCUAUAGCCUACUCACGGACACUAUCUAACCAAAAGUUUACAGGAGAAUGGUCUUUUAAUGUCCAAUGGUAA